AUGUCUUCCACAGGUGCCGAACGUCUCAAGAACAGAAAACCCAUCAAGAAGCCAGUCCCGGCUUAUCUCCCGGGCCCUGGCUCUGUCCUCACCGUCGAUCAGACCCUCUACUCUACCAUCCGCGAUGCACCUCGCGAGCUCAUCCAAGAGUUUACUCUUCCCAUUCGCUCCGGAAAGGCAUGGAAGGCACCUGCUGGGUCAAUCGUAAAGAUUAGUACCCCCGAAGGACCGCAAGUUGGUAAGAAUAAAAUGGGAGACGAUUGA